AUGGAUUCAAACUUCAUCAAACGCGAAUUCCAACGGCUGCCUACUAACACACCACUUCCCCAACCGUCAAUCAGAGGCCUGGUUGGCAUAGCCUGCCCCGCUUGCAACGCCCAGAAUAAGACGACCCCUUUGAAGUAUAUCAAUAGGUUACCCACCGCUUGGCGAGUCGCCUGCGGAAUUAUGCCACCACGUGGCCAGGCCGGCCACUGGUAUCGCACUUGGAACAAUGCACAACUACAUCAUGAGAUUGCCUCGAUUAACGCGGGGAACUGGCCGGCUACCCCGUUUUCCAAUAACUCAGCGCCCCCGCCCUCGUCAGGGCCUGUGGUUCCAGGCCUUAUCACGUCCAGCCAACAGCUGCUAAAUAAACUGUUCAAACCGUUGCCUUCAACUACUUCCAAUGUGAUACCUGCGGAGCCUUCAAUUGUUUGCGCCGGAGUGAAAGGCCAGACGGGCCCCACACAUCGAAUUGGAGAUGGUCGGAAAGGAAACAAGCAAUGUGUUUUCCAAGCAUGCGCCUCAGUUAGUAUUGGAAUCACAGACCCACUGUCGCCCUCACUAUCAACCAACGUUCCUAAACCCAAGUUCGUUCUAACCCCCUGCACUGCCAAAGGCCAUCGGAAACCAGACCCUAUUCCUAAUACAGUGGACGCAUCUCACCCUUUCUUGAACCGCGGUGGGGCUGCAACCUCAGUCGAUAUGACCGCGUUUCUGCAAGGUGUAUCUUUGCCCGCGUCUCAUAUCAACCUUGGCGAUCACGAAGGGCCCAACCAAGGACCUAUCACCCCGGGGCCACAUGCCCUCCCUACUCACCGGCGCAUUCCAACUCAGAGUGCACAAGCCGGAGGGCGACUAGCUCGCGAGUUCAACACCCCUCAACUAGCCUGUUUCAUUGAUAUCCGAUCCGCAAGAGAACAGGCCAUAUCUCAGAUGAAAUCUUUCGAUGCCGACGAGAGCAAAGUAGUGCACGUAACCGCGUGGCUCCAGGCCGGACAACCCCCAAAGUUCUUCAGCUUCAUUGCCCCAAAAUGGCCGUCCUUUACUCUGCAGCAGUGCCAACCCCUCGUCAGCGAAGCUGCUCUCUUAGCCGGGCUCUCUGAUGGACCCGCAUGGUCUCGAACGCUCUGUUUUUGGGAGCCUAAGUUGGAGGGAUGGCGUACAGUCUCUGUUGAAAUCCCCUCCCGGCUGCCAAUUUCACCUCGCGAGAUCUUUGUUAAAGCUGAAAGAAUCAAGCCGGAUGAAUGCCCCCGACUCGACCAGCUUAUCUAUUCUGCAUACGAGAGCGAGCCAAUCGUGACCUCAAUGGAUCCGUCAGCCUCAACAUCAUCUAUGCCAAACGCGGCGGACUCUCCCCCGGCUUCCAUGACACUUCGUCCAGCAGGCGAAUCUCGAUUUCAAACGCCCCCGACAAUCGACCCCAUUCUGACCAGUCACGGUCAACCUGCGGCAGAGCCAGAUGAAAUCUCAUUAUUUGGCCAAUCCACAAUUCACCCUGAUUUGACCCGCGCGGUAAUGACUUCCCAGAGCGAUAAACGCCCAGCCACACCGGCGAGCACAUUGGGACUGCCAAUGUUGGCAGCUUGGCCUGACCUGGACUCCUCUUUUGGUGGACUUGUUGAAUGGAGCAAGCUUACCGAGGAGAUGACUGUACUGACAGCAUGGGACGUGUGCUAUGGAUCUUGUUAUCUCAAGAAGGACCGCACUAUCUAUCGACAUGCCCGGUGGAUCGGGUUCAUCACUGAAGGCCAGUCAGAAGAAUGGGUCACCCAGCAGGCAUUUGAGUCAAUCUCCAUUCGCACUGCUCGGAAAAGAUUUCGUCAAGAGUAUAUACUUGCUGGAUGUCCAACCACUCAGCCCGCCAGCACCUCUUCCCCACGUCCAGCUGUCCGCAAAAGAAAACUGGACGCGACAAUCAAUCCAUCAAAGUGUGACUCAUUUUGCCGCUUCGGCUCUGGUCAAUCAGCUCAACACGCUCGCUUCCGGGUACUCAGCCCGGUUGUGCCACGCAUCUUGUGCAUGUACCAGUCUGGUUUCCUCGGCUCGGUUCACUCGGGGGCCUCGCCUAAAACAGCACGAUUAGUACAGAAGAGUUUGGUUGUGAAGCAGGAAGCAUUGACGAAAGACCCACCCUGCAUCAAUGUCCUUGGUCCCACCAACAGGCGCCUUCCAAUCAUGCUUCGUGUGACGCAAAGAUUCUCGCUUGUAUAUAGUGCCGGAGGUAUUCAAAUUGAUCCCUUUCUCAAGAUCAAACCACCCAACAAUGCACCUACCGAAUCGAUGAACCCCGAGGUCUACAAAGGUCGGUGGCCAGGAGGAGGAAGGAGGACCUCAAGGACAAUGAACAAUGCAUACAUACUACGGACUUCGCGCGACCGACCAAGAAUGUCAAACCUCAGUGUGCAAUGUGAUGGCGUGAAGAAGAAUAUCACCAAGAACCUUUGGAGUCUGCGUCCAAAAAUGCCGUUAUCGUUAUCUUCACGUCACGUUGUCAUCUUCAAAACCUUUGUUUACUACCAUAUCACUCACGCACCCUUUUUUGGUCACGCUCUUUCAUGCCAACGUAGUACAAUCAUGGAAACCGACAAUCACUCAGACACAGGUAGUGAGAGCGCUGAGUCCACCAAUUCUGUGGGCAUUCUAUUGCCCAUCAAUACUCUUCCGCCUCAUGUUCCUGCCACGGCGGACACCCAGGCGAUGCCCAGCCCUGCGUCCGAUUUGACACCCGAACUGACAUUGCAUUCUGUUUGUGGAAUGGUGAACAUUUUGCAACACCUUCCAGAGGAUGUGGACACCCGCGCGUUUGGCGAUCACACACUGCCUGUCGUCCAACAUAACCCCCCGCUGUUAUCGAGUGCUGUUCCAGACCCCAAUGUGACUGUUUUCGCAGUUCAAUGUGUUAUGAUUGAUGAUAUCACCACGUGGACCUUCCACGGCUGCCAAGCUCAAAUUGCCAUUUCCAACCAAUUCUUACACCAGUGGGACUUCCGGGGGACCUUCAAAGCAGUACUCACCCGGUCCAAUCGGCACAUCGACGCCAAGUGGGAAAGUCUACUAGCUUUGCGAGAGAACCUAGUUGGCCUGAUGCACGAGGGAGCGCAUUCCGUCCCUGUCGCACAUUCCAACAUACGCGCCUUCACCGCCGAAGAGCUACUGGAAGGACCGCGAGAGAUGUACACUCUGGACAAUGCUUUCUUUCCCAAUUUGUCCACUCCUCACCACCACCGGCUAUCGGGCCCGAUCCGUCUGUUGCUUUCCGCUUUCUCACACUGGUCUUAUGAGCGCAGUGAGCACACAAGCAUCAUAGGUGGAUUUCAGGGGGUUGGUCCCAUCAUCACUGAGGCAGUGGUACAUGAUAUGACGUUUGUGCGGCUCCUCUGCCCCCGUGAUCAAACCUUGUGGCUGACAUUAUCUAUUCCAAUGUCCUCCAGAUAUCCAUGGACCAUUGGCAAUUUUUGGCGUGCGGCUAUCAACCGCUUUCCUCGUGAGCACCCUUCCAACACCAAGCGCCAGCCGAAGCUCCAGCGAGGAGUUUUGAUUGCAGUUUGCAAACCCAGACAUAAACCUCUUGUAUCCGCCCCCUGA